UUUGCUGCUUCCCAUUCUUCCUAUGCAGACGCACAACAUGGCGGAUUAGAAGAGUCGGCCGACGCGCCCGGAAACACGAUAAACUGUGGGGGUUAUCAUCCAAAGAGGCAAUCAAAAAGCCCCUCCGCCUGGACGUCAAACAAGAGCGAGUUGCCUCGUUUCUCCGGGAGUGCCUUCGUUUUCUCUGGAUGUAAGAGAAGGAAGAGACUGCGAAGUGUUGGCAGUGUGUCCCAGGUUGUGCUUCCCUCCUCCGCUAUCACCCAGAUCCCCCCACCCCGCUCACACUCUCGGUUCCUGGGGUGUGGAGACUGGGGCCGGGGCUGAAAAAAAACGUGGAGGAGAAAAAAGCGGAUAAAUCCCAAAUUAGCAACAAUUUCUCACUUCACGUGCUUCCUUAGUGCGCCACAGGAGUUGUGGAACACUCUGUUCGAAUGAGUGAUUGAUGCCACCUUCGCUCCUUCAGGGCAGAAUGGGUGUGUGUCCCCUGCUCCUGCUGCUUGGUGUAGCCCUGAGGGCCUCGGCCCAGGAUCAAGUACCCGUCACAAGUCCUCCAAAUGUUGCUGCCAAACCAACAGACCUGCCUGUUACACCUCAAAACUUCACAUCUACAAAAGCUCCACCCUCUACAGACUCACCCACAACAUCUGCCCCCACAGUUAUCGUGCCAGCAACCAUAACAACAAAAACCACCACAAGUCAAAGUUAUAAUGAGGCCGCACAAUCAUCUGAACUCAAUUCCACGGUGGGACCGUCACCAAUUCCUCCACCACCUCCUCCUACUGAUGCUCCUGAAGCACCGACAAGCCCUGAGGCUCCCCCUACCCUCACCCAGGUGACCACCACUGUAGCUCCAGACAUCACAUCUCCACAGUCUGACUCCAACACAAAUAAAGAGACCACAAAACCAACCAAGAUGAGAACGUCAGACACCCCACCCGAUGAUUCUGAUGAUGAUGGUGACAUGCCCAUCAUAGCUGUCAUGGUGGCCCUGUCCUCCCUGCUGGUCAUCAUCUUCAUCGUCAUCAUCCUGUACAUGCUCAGAUUUAAGAAGUACAAGCAGGCAGGAAGCCAUUCAAACUCCUUCAGGUUGACCAAUGGCAGAUCAGAUGAGACAGAGAGCCAAAGUGUGCCGCUAUUGGCUCGCUCACCCAGCACAAACAGGAAGUACCCACCCAUUCUCAUCGACAAGCUGGAGGAAGAAAUGAACCGUCGCAUGGCCGAUGACAACAAGCUCUUCAGGGAGGAGUUUAAUGCCCUGCCAGUCUGCCCCAUCCAGGCUUCGUGUGACGCUGCUUCCAAGGAAGAGAACAAAGAAAAAAACAGAUAUGUCAACAUUCUGCCCUAUGACCACUCCAGGGUGCAUCUGUUGUCUUUGGAGGGAGUCCCUGACUCUGACUUUAUCAACGCUUCUUUUAUAAAUGGGUACCAAGAGAAGAAUAAAUUUAUUGCAGCACAAGGGCCAAAGGAGGAGACUGUAAAUGACUUUUGGCGGAUGAUUUGGGAGCAGAAUACAAUCACUAUCGUCAUGGUGACGAAUCUGAAGGAGAGAAAGGAGUGUAAGUGUGCACAGUACUGGCCGGACCAGGGCUGUUGGACAUACGGGAACAUCCGAGUCUCUGUGGAGGACGUGGUGGUUCUGGUGGACUACACCAUCCGCAAGUUCUGCAUCCAACAGGUGGGAGACGUUUCUGGGAAGAAGCCUCAAAGGCUCAUCACGCAGUUCCACUUCACCAGCUGGCCGGACUUCGGGGUGCCCUUCACUCCGAUCGGCAUGCUCAAGUUCCUGAAGAAAGUCAAGAACUGCAACCCCCAGUAUGCAGGCCCUAUUGUCGUCCACUGCAGUGCGGGUGUGGGGAGGACAGGUACCUUCAUAGUGAUCGACGCCAUGUUAGACAUGAUGGCUGUGGAGUCGAAGGUGGAUGUGUUUGGCUUUGUCACCAGAAUAAGAGCCCAGCGCUGUCAGAUGGUCCAGACAGAUAUGCAGUACGUCUUUAUCUUCCAGGCCUUGUUAGAACACUACUUGUAUGGAGACACAGAGUUAGAGGUGACGUCGUUAGAAAACCAUUUAACAAAGCUCGGCGCUCCCGCGCCCGGAGCCGGCUGCAACGGCCUGGAGGCUGAAUUCAAGAAACUAACAUCUGUCAAGAUUCAGAACGACAAGAUGAGAACGGGCAACCUGCAUGCCAACAUGAAGAAGAACAGGGUGACACAGAUCAUUCCAUACGAGUUCAACAGAGUGAUCAUUCCAGUCAAACGAGGAGAGGAAAACACGGACUACGUCAACGCCUCCUUUAUAGACGGCUACCGUCAGAAAGAUGCAUACAUAGCGAGUCAGGGGCCCCUGCUGUACACCAUAGAGGACUUCUGGAGGAUGAUCUGGGAGUGGAAGACCUGCUCCAUAGUCAUGCUGACUGAGCUAGAGGAGAGGGGGCAGGAGAAGUGUGCUCAGUAUUGGCCCAGUGACGGAACGGUAUGCCAUGGGGACAUUUCCAUUGAGAUUAAAAGGGAGGAGGAGAAUGAGAGUUACACGGUGCGCGACUUUCUAGUCACCAACAGCAGGGAAAACAAGGCUCGAGCGGUGCGUCAGUUUCACUUCCAUGGCUGGCCAGAGGUGGGGAUCCCUAUGGAUGGGAAAGGCAUGAUCAACAUCAUCGCCGCUGUGCAGAAACAACAGCAGCAGUCCGGCAACCACCCCAUCAUUGUGCACUGCAGUGCUGGUGCUGGCCGAACGGGGACCUUCUGUGCUCUGAGUACGGUUCUGGAGAGGGUGAAGGCAGAAGGCAUCCUGGAUGUCUUCCAGACGGUGAAGAGCCUCAGACUGCAGAGACCCCACAUGGUGCAGACACUGGAGCAGUACGAGUUCUGCUACAAAGUGGUCCAGGAAUACAUCGAUGCUUUUUCUGACUACGCCAACUUCAAGUAGGGAUCUGCCUUGGACCAACGGACGGAUGGUUGGAUGUUUGGACAUCCACCUACACUUAUUACAAGCAAAUGCUCGUACCAGAACACACUCAUACAUUCUCAAGCAGAAAGUUGCCCGUCUGUCGGACUCGUCAUCGGGAUCAGAUGAACUACCUGCAGGAAAAGGGGACAGAGGUAAACGCCCACAGGACAGGGCGGUGCAGUUGGACACGAAAAAACAACGGAGAUGCCUUCUUGACUAUUUUGUAACGAUGUUAAUAACUAGCCAUCACUUUCAUUUGCUUUACACCAUCACCCCCACCAUGUAAAUAUACUUACUGUGAUGCAUUUUAUUCUUUUGGUCUUAGACACAGUUUUGAGUGUGGCUGCAUUUUCAAGUGGCACCUGUAAUGUAUUUUAUUGGUAUACAUAGAUAUAUAAAAAAUAUAAAUAUAUAUGAAUAUAAAACCAAAUGUUUUGGUGGCUAACGUGCACACACACACACAUCAAGGGUUUUCUUUCUCCAGAGACUUAAAAUAUUUUUACUUUUCCUGAGCCACGUUGUAGAGAAGUGUGCUGUAGCAAGAUUCCACAUUCACUCAUGCACCCCAGAGUGUUUCCAUCAACCAGGCAGUCCUGACACACACACACACACACACACACACACACACACACACACACACACACACACACACACACACACACACACACACACACACACACACACACACACACACACACACACACACACACACACAAUGAAAGCCAUUUUUUCUGCACCCGUCAGCAAGACAUUCAUGAUUUCCUCUUCAUUUGGAGAUUCAAAGAUUCAUCAAGACUAAAUUUCUGGAUCUCCGCUAAGUAGCUCAUAGUCUCAGGUUUACACACACACAUGCACACGCUAAAUUAUCAAGAGCCAUUAAUUAUUUUGGAGAAUGGGUGUGUGCUGGCAGAACAGAUUCACUUUUAUUUCCUGAAGUCUGCUUUGUGCCAAAGUUACUCAUCUUGCUUUUGAUUCUUGUCUUAAGAGUCCUGAGCAACAAACCUGUCCAGGGAUUCGUAGGGAACACAUUUCUGGACUACAACAGGAAUUUAGGGAAGUAAAAAAUCUUUGCAGGUUGAUUUUUCUGAAACGUGAAGCCUCUCUAAACUGAUUUAGAGUCUGUUACAGUGUCUGCAGCCGGCUUAGUGGGUAUAGAAACGAGUCAAUACCUGGUAUUUCUUUGCUUGUUUACAAGCAAACAUCAGUGUUUUAUUUUGUUAGAUGACUUGGAGGAUUUUUCGUUUUUACUUCAGCGUCUCAUCCCUCCUCUUCAGAGAAUCCUUUAAUUUCCCAACUCUAGAACACCUGCUCUUUUCUCCCAUGUUUGUGUGCAUUUUUAACCUUUUCUAUUCUUAUCUGUAGUGGUUUUACUCCAGCUGAGGUCAAUAUGAAGGUCAUGCUCGUUGUGACUAAUGAAACGCAGGUUAGGGUUUAAAUUUAAACUUAUUGAUUGUAAAAAAAAAAAAGAAGAAGAAGAAGAAAUUUUAAGUUUCACUGAACAAGCGGGUUUGUCUCCUAUUUCACAAAUACUUUUUCUCAUUUUGAUUUUAAUACCAAAUGAUGUAUCUUAUGUGUUUCCAGGCUGUUUUUAACGUGGAUUACUCACUUAACACCGCCAUUCUCCUGCACAAUCUCUAUUAAACCAACACUCCUAUCUUUAAUACCCUUUAUAAAAGGAAUGAGCACAAUCAGAAUGAUUUUUAAGUGAAAAGUGCAUGCUUGAAUGGGUGAACGUGUCUGUUGAAUUUACGAGCACUCGUGCAGUUUCUGCACAUAAAGUAAAGCUCUUUAACCAAUGGGAUCAAAGGAGUGUCGACUGAAGCUACGAUGUCUGAUGUUGGGUUUUUCUCUCCACCUGAAGCAUCACAAGUGCCCGUACUCAUCUCAUCAAGUGCCAUCCUGCUCUUCAUUCAUUUGCAUUUCGUGGGCCUUCGUUUGACAGAGGAGUUGUGCUUUUUUUUUCUUCUUUUUCUUUUGAUCACGAUGUCUCUGCAGUGGACACUGUGCCAUCCCACCAGAUGUUAUCCAAACUGGGGAAAAAAAGUGCCUCACUGGUAGGUGUUCAAAACAAAUGACUUGUCCAAACCUGCAUGCUUUUCCACAGCUUAGACCUAGAAACUAAUGACGCAUCCUUUUGGGUUUCGGCCAAUCAAAGGGGCCAAAAUCAGGGUGGCCAUCUUUUCCUUCACAUUCCCUUUAUUUGCAUUUGUGUAGAAUGUGCAAAUAAAAUGUAACAUUUAGGCUCUUUUUUAAUUAAUUUAUUGUAAUUAGAACUGUUCCAUAUCAACUGAACACGGGUCCAUGACAAGUAAUCAGUUGUGGGUUUCUGUGGGUAAAUAUGUAAAAACUGUAUUCAUUUAUCUUCUUUAUUCCCUGAGAUGUGACCUACAUUUGCAUUCUGAAUGCCCCCUCAAAAAAUCAGACUGCAGGAAAACUCCCACCUUCUUGUGUCAUUUUAUUCACUGGUGUCCACCAUUCAUUCCUUCCUCUCGCUGUCCUUGGACCAUUUUUAUUAAGCAGUCAACACUCACUCACCUUUUGUACAUAAUGUAAGGUUAUUUAUAUGUCAUUGUCGUCUGCUGCCUUGCUCUUAUUUCUUCUGCCCGUUUUAUAAGACGUAUAUUGAACUGUAUUAGGACCAUGAUGUUUUCUUUAGGCCAUUUUCCAAUUUGGUACAAUUGUCUUUAAAAAAAAGUCCCCUUUUUUAUUUGGUCUAAUUUUAUUUCUAGUGUUUUGUUAUUCAACAUUUGAAUAUAUGUAUAUAUAAUUAUAUAUGAUCAAAUUAUAUAUAAUUAUAUAAUGCCUUUAUAAGCAAGAUACUGUUCAAACUUAAUAAAUUGCUUGAGAUUUUA